CGGGUGCGGGGUGCGGAGUGCGGGCUGCCUGCUGCUGUCCCGGUCUCUGGGGGCCCUCCGUCCCGCCGGCGCCAUGGGCAAUUGCCACACGGUGGGGCCCAACGAGGCGCUGGUGGUUUCAGGGGGCUGUUGUGGUUCCGAUUAUAAACAGUACGUGUUUGGUGGCUGGGCCUGGGCAUGGUGGUGUAUCUCCGACACUCAGAGACUGUCUCUGGAGGUUAUGACCAUCCUGUGUCGCUGUGAGAAUAUUGAGACGUCGGAGGGGGUCCCGCUAUUCGUAACAGGGGUUGCACAGGAUUUCCCUAGAGAUUAUGACGUUGCAGCCCCGCUGCGAGGACGUAGAGACGGCCGAGGGGGUAGCUUUAACUGUGACGGGUGUCGCCCAGCCUGGCUCAGGCACCUCUGUGACCACUGGCAGGUGAAGAUCAUGACGGAGAAGGAGCUCCUGGCUGUAGCCUGUGAGCAGUUCCUGGGCAAGAAUGUGCAGGACAUCAAGAAUGUCGUCCUGCAGACCCUGGAGGGGCACCUGCGCUCCAUCCUUGGGACCCUGACCGUGGAGCAGAUUUAUCAGGACCGGGACCAGUUUGCCAAGCUGGUGCGGGAAGUAGCGGCCCCUGAUGUCGGCCGCAUGGGCAUUGAGAUCCUCAGCUUCACUAUCAAGGAUGUGUAUGACAAAGUGGACUAUCUGAGCUCCCUGGGCAAGACGCAGACUGCUGUAGUACAGAGAGAUGCUGACAUUGGGGUGGCUGAGGCCGAGCGGGACGCGGGCAUCCGGGAAGCCGAGUGCAAGAAGGAGAUGCUGGAUGUGAAGUUCAUGGCAGACACUAAAAUUGCUGACUCUAAGCGAGCCUUUGAGCUGCAAAAGUCAGCCUUCAGUGAGGAAGUCAAUGUCAAGACAGCUGAGGCCCAGCUGGCCUAUGAGCUACAAGGGGCCCGCGAGCAACAGAAGAUCCGACAAGAAGAGAUUGAGAUUGAGGUUGUGCAACGUAAGAAGCAGAUUGCAGUGGAGACACAAGAGAUCCUGCGCACAGACAAGGAGCUCAUUGCCACGGUGCGCCGCCCCGCCGAGGCUGAGGCGCACCGCAUACAGCAGAUAGCCGAGGGUGAAAAGGUGAAGCAAGUACUCUUGGCUCAAGCAGAGGCUGAGAAGAUCCGAAAAAUCGGUGAGGCAGAGGCAGCAGUCAUCGAGGCAAUGGGCAAGGCAGAGGCUGAGAGGAUGAAACUCAAGGCUGAGGCCUACCAGAAAUAUGGGGACUCCGCCAAGAUGGCUUUGGUGCUGGAGGCUCUGCCCCAGAUUGCUGCCAAAGUUGCUGCCCCAUUGACUAAAGUUGAUGAGAUUGUGGUCCUCAGCGGGGACAACAAUAAGGUGACAUCAGAAGUGAACCGACUGCUGGCUGAGCUGCCUGCCUCUGUACAUGCCCUUACAGGCGUGGACCUAUCUAAGAUACCCCUGAUCAAGAAGGCCACCGGUGCACAGGUGUGAGGCUCCCAAAGGCCCACACCCUUCAGCAGCUGCCCGCUCCUCCCUUCAGCACCUGUUUUAAUACCACAGGAACAACGGGAAUGUUACUGACUCUGGUGCCUUAUUUUGUAGGGACCAGGAGUGCUGUGUGUUCAGGCCUUCUCUGUCUGUCUUCCCUUCUCUCCUGUCUCUGUCUCCUUCCUCUCCACCUCUCCCCGACACCCUCACUGUCACUGCCAUAUUCAUCUGGUGUGUCUCCUCCACCCUCAUCUCCCUGUACAUGUCUCUUCCUCUGUUUGUCUUUUUCUCUCCCUCUCUCCUCCCACCCACCCUUUAUACACAUCAUGUAAUUUAAGCUGAAGAUGUUUAUUAUAAUCACUGUCUGUCUGUGGGGGGUGGCCCUGCUGCUCUUCAGAAUCCUGGUGCCUUGAAGUUCUCUGCAUCUGUCUGUCCUCCCUGUGGCCCUGGCCGGACCUCAGCAUGGGUGCAGGGGGUCUGGGUAAAAUGGUCACCUGCCCCUCUCCUGGCCUGGUCUUUUGAGCCCUAAACCCUACCCUGGGAAGGCUCCAGCCUCACCCACUCUAGCCCUUCUAGGCCUAGGUAGCAGUGGCCUACAGACCCAGGCCAUUGCCCUUCACUUCACCCCUCCCAGCCCUAGGCCUGCUCUCAUACCUUACCUCUCUUCCCCACCCCAGGGGCACAGAAUCAAGGCCUCCUGUCUAUAACAGCUCCCCCAGUUGACUACUGCCUUAGGAGGCCCCUGCUUGUGCUCAGGGAAGUCCCCUUUAUGGACAUGUCCCUGCUAGGUGGAGUGAGGCCUGUUCCCAACUCUGCUUAGCCUUUCUGGGAUAAGGGUCUAGCCCUGCUGGGGACUAGAAAGUCUGUAGACCCACUUUCUGCUAGGGCUGCACUGUCCCGGGUAUCGGGUCAGGCCCUUCCAGUGGGCAAGGCUGUGCCAACCCUGUACAGAAUCGAGUGCUGUAGACUGGCCAGACUCCAUACUUCUUGUGCCAUCUUUCUUCCUGGCCAGUGAUAAGACUCCAGCCCUGGGGAAGCAGCCCAGUCCUCUGUCUCCUGGCUCUAGUGGAGGCAGAAAAACCUAGUGGCCAAGCACCCAAGGUGUUAUGGGUAUCCUAUGGUCCCAGUCCCCUACCCCUGGCACGGGCCCUGCUCCAGCCUGUGUAGCUGUUCCUGCAUGUACAUGCUGCAUGUUUGGUCUGGGGCUUGGAUGCUGCACUGCCCCACUGCCUGUCCCUUCUGGUAAAAUAAAGAUCUGUUAAGCCCA